GGAAUGAUAACAUUGAUCUCAUUCUUCAGCUUUGAUUUCAUUUCAUCUGAAACAUAGAGUGUGAUCAUAGAAUCUUUGUUCAUAUGAAGUGUCGAAGAAUUGGAGAGCAUGAAUUACAUAACUUUCAUUCUCAUAUUUCUUCACGGCCUCCUUGCCGAAGAAAUUCAUUUACCAGAUGGCAGACUUUUCAAUGUGCCAAAACCAGAAGACUAUCCUUACAUUUUCGAUGAAUAUCCAACUUCCUUGGAGCGUUUAUAUGUAUUAUCACUUGAGCAUUCCAAUGCAAUUUUAUCAUGUCCCAAAGGUUAUGCCAUGCUGGAGAUGAGGCAGGAUUUAGUCACCAACGAUAGUUACUCCGUUCCUAGCGAUGUAGCAAAGCAUCACAGUGCUUCUCUUAUGGCUUCAAAGGGACCAGACCGUAACUCCAGCCCUGCCUGUCCUCUCCUCUACGACUGUCUUGGCUAUCAGGCAUGCCUAUUUGAGUUUGAACUGCAUUUUUGCCCAUACUUAACAUCGUUACUAGGUCAGGCGGUGCUUCUCAAUAUUGUCUGCUACAGAGAUGAAACCGAAAUGGUACCUUUGAAAUUUAAAAAGAAGAAAGAUCUUGUACUUCACAUUUAUCAAAAGCAUCCGCCCCGUCAUGAAAAGGAUCAAUUAGGUCAUUUAGAGCUUCCAGAAGAUGAAGUGUUUGGACGUCAAUGCUCGUCUCCUGAAAUUGCUAAAGAGACUGAAGGUUUUUUUGGAAACUGUUCGCAGAAUCCCCCAUCUGCUGAAGUCACAGCACAACGAUUAUGGCCAUUAUUGGGAAAAACAUUAUCAAAAUCGUGUAGAAAUCAUUUAGUUGAAGUUUACUGUGCAUUUCAAUAUGACAACGAAGGGUUCUGUCUUCCUCCUUCGUAUUACAAUAAAAAUAGCAAAUCAGUUGGGAUUUUCAGUCACGCUGCGCUUCCUGAUGCUGCGUAUCAACCACACUGUAACGUGCGUAAUAAUGGAAAUCUGAUUAAGCAGAAUAUACUUCUCAAACCUGCUCGCUUAGCUUUUAUGAUUAUGGUGCACAGUGAAUACCAAAAAGCUAUGGAUCUCCUUAGUGCUAUUUAUCAAGAGGAAUUUCUUUAUGUUAUCCACGUAAAUAAACAGAAUCCAGAUUUAAGAAAGGAAUUGGAUCAACUGCUUUCACAGUCUAAUUUUCCAAGUCAUAAUAUAUACAUUCUUCCUGAAGAAAGAUCAUAUGUCACGCCAUUAUCGUCCUACGAAAACGUGAGAGCUCAGCUUGAGGGUUUUUCAGAACUCUUAUGUUAUGAUUCUUGGGAUUUUGUCAUCAGUUUAUCUGAAGAUGAUAUUCCUUUAAGGAAUGUUGAUGAUUUAGCUGCAGCUUUGUCACCAUAUCGUGGUUUUUCAUUUUUACCGUUUCAAAACUCAGAUAAAGAUGACAAAGAAUCUAUUUUGAAUGAAUCUGUUUAUUCAUCAUGUGAUGGUUUUGUGUUUAAAGUAUCGUACAAGAAGCCAGCAUCAAAGCUUAGCAUCUUCAGAACAUCUGGUAAAGGAGUGUUCAGCAGGGAGUUCACUGAAUAUCUCGUAAAUGAAACAGUAAGAUCAAAGGUUUUAAAUGAUCAUCAAUUUUAUCUGCAAACAGAUAUCUCCCCACAUGAGAGUUACAUCCCAACAAUAUUAAUGAAUUCACCUCACCGGGAAACUGUUUACUUCGGCUCAGUCUUCAGUACUGUAAACGCUGAGGAUGGAAAUUACCUGUCAGAAUUUUAUAUCUGUAAAAAUCAUUCGCUUCUAGAAUGCAGUGGAAUCGAGAAACUGAUUUCCUUGUCUCACAGCUCAUUUUUUGUAAGUUUUCGUGUCCAGCCUCCACCUGAUAUCCGAGUUUUUACCUUAAGUUUAGCAAAAGGCAAUUAUUACGCUUUGCUUGAAAAAUAUUUUCCACCCAUCUUACAAAGAUUAAUUGUGGAAGAUGCCGUGGAGAGAUUCAGUGCCAAAGCAAAAUUGCCAUUUGAUCAUCUGCAGGUGGAAUCUAUUUUGAAAUUUCAUAUAGCACCCUCUUUAGUUCCUGAGGAUCCAUGUUGCGAAUCCAGCUCACUCUCGAGUUAUUCAGAGAUUGCAGAUUUUACUUACUGGAUUGUUGCAAACCUGUUCAACAGGACCAGUGACAAAUAUAUCGAAUCUAGAUCAAUGGUGCAACCUUCUCUCCAAAAUAGAUUCUGCUUUAGUGAAGGAGAUUUAAGAAUGGCUUUCGUAUCACCUUGGAUAGGACAUCUAGAGCCACAUAACAGAGAGUUUUCCAGAUUUACGCCUGAAAUAAUUAUGCCGCUGCCAUAUGGGCCAGCAUUCACUAAUGAUAUUCUAGUAAAUCUUUUCUUUUCCACGGAAGUGAUCAGCAGCAAAUGCAGAUCAGAUCAUAAAGGUAAUCCCAUCCUGAAUCCAAUGAACACCAAAAAUUUCACAGAUCACAUCACUGUGAAUUUAAGACUGAUUUCUCCUACUUAUGAGGAAAAAUGUGCAACAAACAUUCUUCUGAAUUGGGAAAAGGAGAGCAGAAAAACAGCAUCAACCCAGGAAAAGAAGCGUGCCAUUGUCAAAAGUUUUAUUAUGCGCUGUAAGAAUAUGGAGCCUGGCCAAUGGACACUCCAGAUUAGGGAGAUCCAACCAGUGAAAUCAGAUAUUUAUCGUUUCCCCAUAUAUUUAUUGGAUCUUCAAAGCUCAGGUGAUUUAGUUUCACAGUUAAAUGAAGCUGUUCGCUUAUGGGAUUUGAAGCGCUUUCUCAUUUUAAAUAAUGAAAAUUCAUUUGAAGUUUUCGAACCUGAAACAGAGGAUGAAAAUGUGUAUCAUUCAAAGAAAAAAAAAACAUUGCCAGCUUUCCAAAGUUCAAAAAAUGCCAUUCAGCGCGCAGGAAACAGUUUUGUCUUUGGUUUAUAUUUUAGUGAAUUUCACCAGUGGUUUAUUUGUACUGGAGGAUUUGCAAGUACAUUUGCACUGUGCCUUUUAAUAAUUUUGAUUUAUUACAGAAAAUCCCGCUUCCAUCAGAAUUUAGUGUGGGUGUUCAUGCUGUCGUUAAUUUUGAUAGUCUUACUGCAGAUAGCUUUGUAUAUAACAGUGUGCGGUCAAUAAAACUUCUUCCAUCUUUUGGCGAAUUUUCACUUCUGAGUUAUAUUAAAGAACUUGCAUACAUUUUUUUAUGCACUGAUUAACACUAAUACGCAUAGGCUUUGUGAAUAGAUCAGCUUUAGAGAAUGUCCAGUUUAUCAUGCUCGCUUUUUAUAGUCAUUUUUCGGUUUCACUUGAUAACACACAAAGUCUAAAUCCAAGUAAAAAUAUAACAACAAAAAUAUAACGAAGUGAAAAUCAAAAAUAAACCAAAGAAGGGAAAUGCGUAACAUACGAAGAAAAAUGCAAGAAAUUUGCACAUAUAAAACACAGAUGAUACUACUCCAAAGAGCUGCAAUUCGAGGAAUGUUAGAAAUGUUGUAGCAAUAAAUCAUAAAGCAAUUAAAGGAGAUUGAUUCGUUAAUUACUCAGCAGGAGAUCAAAUCAAUGUAAACUGCAAAAGGGAUCAUUGCAUUUUCUGCAAGCAGAAUCGAGCAAUUAAGUGAAAAGAUGCCAUCUUCACCCAAAUGCUAUAAUAGACCAAUGCGGAAAGAUG